AUGGGAAGCGGGGCGCAGUCGAAGUUGUCCGAAGCCUCCGAGGAGGAGCUGGCGGGUGUUUUCAAGGACCUACCAGCUGAGACCCAGAAGAGCGUCGAGGAUGCCUUCAAAGCGGCGAAGGCAGAAGCGGCACCUGGGCUGGCAUGCCGCUCGGCAUCCGGCGAGGUGACGCUGCUGCCAUGCACGCAGACAUGGACCUACAAGGAGAUGGCUGCCGCCUUGCGGGAGAAGCAUCCCGAACUCAAGACCCAGGUCAUCAAGUUUCUUGUAGCAAAGGAGCCCAUGGACGAGUACAAGACUGUAGGCGACCUGGGCUUGGAGAAUGAAGUGGAGUACACGGCUUCGGAGUUCUCCUACGGGGAGAAGAUCAGCAUGGAGGAAGCAGUACCGCUCAUUGAGGAAUCCUGCAAAGGCAUGGACGCAGUGGACAAAAACGGCAUCGCGGAGCUUAAGGCCCUGAAGAACCCCCCAGACGUCAUUAAGCUUGUAGGGGAGGCCGUGGCUUGCCUUCUGCAAGCGCCCCACAAGACUUGGGAGGACGUGAAGAAGAUGAUGCACAACACCGACUCCUUCCUGCAGCAGGUUGUGACGUACUCGAAGGACGAAGUGCCUCUCGAGGCCCUUGUGGAGCUUCAGUGGUAUUUGAAUCAUCCCAGCUUGGAGCUCGAGAAGAUAAAGCGCGCAUCCGCAUGUGGGACGGGUCUGAUGGAGUGGGUCAAAGGCAUCGCCGCCUACGCCAUGAUCAAGAAACGUCUGAGUUGA